AACCAUUACAUAAUUGCCCGCAACUCAACUGGGCAGCGUUUGUUUGUGUAAAAAAGGCAAUUGGAUUUUGACGACAGAAAAAAUAUAAACGGGGUGAAAUAAACCGUGAGUCAUCUCCCAUUGGCCGUUCGGGAAGAAGUGGACCACCGAUGUGCUGCUGUAGUGAUAUAAAUGCGUGCACGUAGAUAGCAGUAGCAGGCAGCCUAUCCUGUGCGCUUUCUAGCAAAUCUGUGUGUGCGAAUCUGUGUGUGUGCGUGUGUGCGUGAGUCUGUGCAUGCGUGAGUGUGUAUGCGUGUACGUGUGCGUGUGUGUGCGUGUGUGUGUAUAUGUGUGUGUGUGUGCGGGUGGGAUUGAGAGACACAAACCGAUAGAGGCAGGUACAACGGUGGAUGCGAGGAGUGAGUAUUUUACUUUGUAGCCGUAAAGACUGUCAGGUACGAGAGCUGGCCGCGUUAGAGCUUGGGAGCGACUGGAGGCACUUGGUGUUCAGUGAUCUUCAUUAUUGAAAUUCGUGUUAAAGCUAUAGAUUUCAAAUGCCGAAAGAUGUGCCCAUAGAGAACAUCGACCUCAGGGAAGCACCGAUUAAGUGUGACAGCAUGACCCUGGUCAGUGCGCCCAACGUCCGCAGAGGAAGUACCCCCUUGCCCAUUAAGCACCAGCUGCGGCGUGAAGAGGCGGUGCAUGAAGACUGUGACUGGAUGCUAGCGGGGGCCACAUCCUCCCCCCCGCCCAUCAACUUCAGCCCUGCCCCGGAUGAAUCCCUGAUGGGAGCGUUGGACUGCCGAGCCGACGGCCCGCUGAGGAUUGCCCUGCUCGGCCAGAACGGGGUGGGGAAGACCUCACUGGCCAUCGCCUUUGCUGGAGAGAUGGACAGGACGGCAUCUGUGGAUUCUGAUGGGGAGGGCUAUGUGCGAACCAUCACCGUAGAUGAGGAGGACAGCACCAUCAUUAUCUAUGACAACUGGAGGCAGGACCUGUCAGGUUUUCAGUGCGAGGUGUGUGUUCUGGUCUUCUCUGUGACCGACCGGAGGAGUUUUCACCGCACCGCUCAGCUCCGGCUCCUCUUGAGAGAGACUCAGCCUCAGACUCCCAUAAUCCUGGUGGGAAACAAGAGCGAUCUCGUCCGCUCUCGUGAGGUCAGCGCCCAGGAGGCCGUGACGAGCGCAGCCCUAUUCCAGUGUCUGUAUCUGGAGAUAUCUGCCUCACUGGACCACAGAACCCCCGAACUCCUGGAGUGCGCCGUGAGGCUCGCCAGGGGUCAGGCUCCGUGGCCCCCGGGCGCCAGUGCCGAGGACAUGAUCGGAGGGGGCCAGCGUGAGAGCAUAACAUCUCGCGCAAAGCGCUUCCUGACUAACCUGGUGCCUAGGUACCCCCGGGAUCGUGAGCGCGAGGGCGGGAGGUUCUUCAGGCAGAAGUCCCGGUCUUGCCAUGACCUUGGGGCUCUGUGAUGUUCCAAUCAAGGCGGUAAAGAACAUGUCUGGAUUUUUUUUUAAGGAAAAUGGAGGGCGAGCAAAAUCGUGUAAGGUAGAAACCAAAGCAACUAAAAGCCGGAGAUCAAUCAUGGAGAUGAGAAGGUGAAAAUGGUCAAAUUAGUUAUGAGAUUAGCAGUGCUGAACAUGAUCACUUUAAAGUAGUUAGGUCGUAAAUAACAGGAUUAUGCCGUCGUUCACAAAUGCGUCUAUAUUGAAAACACUGGUAGGCCUACUUAAACAUAACAUUACCAAUCCAGAAUCACUUGUACAUAUAUAGCCUACGGAGGUCAUGAUUCUAGAAUGGUCCAUGAAAUGUUUUCACAAUAAACACAUUUUCUGAAUCCAAAACGAUAUUUUUUCAGGCACGAUACAAUGACUGGUCGUGUUGACAUAAAAAGAUGGCACAAACCUAGCAUACUCAACCACAUUAAAUUGAGGCAUGCUAUAGAUUUUCCCGUCUUUAUCUCCCAUUCAGAACGCCAAUGUAGGGUAGAUUGAGACUGCAAGCAUCACAGGAUAGAGAAGGGCAGGAGAUUGAAAAGGAAGUGCAGAACUUUUAUGGAGUGGUUGUUGCCAGGGAAACGGUUACUGAGGAGACCUGGUUAGAGGCAUUUGUGACAUACAUUGUGUCCAAUGAGGUUCCUCAACCGUACCCCAUUACUGAAAAGGCUACAUGAGAACACGGAACAGAGGCAUCAUAUAAAACACAGAACUAAAUAGGCAGAGGAUUUGGACAGAUAGCAGGCUAGUGCUUAUACCCCUUCUCAGCCUCCCACAUCCACCCACACAGAAUUAACAUUAAGGGUUUUCGUUGGCAUCACAGCAGUACAUAGAGAAGAUUGGAGAAACAAACAAUGUUAUAAAAAUAUGGCCUCAGAUUCUGACUCACUCACUUGGCUCCAAAGUCAUUAAAGUGAAUUAAUGGAUUUAGCCUUGAAAUUUGUUACAAGCUCCCUCGUGUGGUAGUCUUAGUGCAGUGCACGCUCAUGAAAUAAAACACCAAGAACGACCAUGCAUGCGAGUAAGUGGGGUAUGACUAUGCAAUAUGAUUUCUAAAAUAUAUUUAUGGACAAAAGUGGACAAGGUUUAAAAUGUGUCAACUUCCGCUGUCAGGACUAAUAGUCAUCUUGGAAACUAGAAAUAGUUAGCAGAAAUGGCAUGCACAUAAAUAAAUGUUCUAGCCCAUACAGCCACAUAUAUGAGGUUUAAUGAAUGUUUCAGGUUUAAGCACAGUAGUUGGACAGGAAGAACCAAGACAACACAAAUAUAACUCAUUAGAUGUGGGGAAAAAAAAGGUCUGGAAUGGGGAAAGCAACUGGCUUAAAGGCUGCAGGACUGCAACUUCUUGUCAGCGAUCUUGAGAGACAC